AGAAAGAUACUAAAUUGAAGAGAAAAAAAAAGAAAAAGGCUUAUCUAUUUUUGCAUUUGCACCACGUGGUCAUGCAAUUUAUUUUGUCGCUCGGUGGAAGGUACUAAGCUAGUGUCUAGUGCUUAUAGGUAGGGGCACUCAUCUCACCAAAAGAGAAAGAAACACACUCUAAAAUCUUAGGCAUUUUCUAUUUUCCGGCCACCACCGAUAAUCAUUAGAGGAAUGGAGAAGACGGACUCCGAUGACCAACUUCCACCAGGUUGGACUGUGGAAGUGAGAGUGAGAAAGAAUGGUAGGAAAGACAAGUACUACAUUCUCCCCUCAAGUGGACUAAAAUUCAAAUCCAAGGUGGAGGUAUUUCGCCAUAUUGACAAUGCUAGUAACAAAGACAAUGCUAGUAACAAAGUCAGCAUACAGAAAAUCUCUCCCAAUGUUGUAGUUGAGAAAGCUAUUGCAGAAGGGUUACCACCAGGAUGGGUGAAAAAGACCAGAAUUGCAACAAAAGGAGAUACAGUUAGAAGAGACACGUACUACAUCGACCCUGUAAGUGGGUAUACAUUCCACUCAAUUGAAGAUGCUUAUCGCUAUCUUGAAUCUGGAGAGAUAGAAAGGAACACACUCAAGCCAAAAGAUGAAGACAACAAUGAUACAAAUUUAAAAGAUGACAAAUCUCCUUCAGCAAGUCUGACCAUGAAACCAACAUUAUCAAUUAGCAUGGCUCAGAGCUCAAAUUUGGACACGGCACCAAAUUACCAACAGAUUCCAAGAUCUGCUAGUUCUGGAGAACAUAUGCAUAUGUCCGACUCUAACUGUGUUUCCAAUCAUGGUGUGGUUGGAACUGAAUUGACCAGUUCAGUUCCAUCUCGGGAUGAAAACUCAGAUCAGAAAGAAGUGAAGGUUGGUUUUGCUGAAAGUGAUUUGAAUUCAGAUUGCACUAACAAAGAUACUCAAGAGAAGAAACUUCAAGAAAACACAGAGACAAAGCAAGCAACUGAAAAAGUGCAGACCCAACAUAAUCAGGGCAGAAACAAACACAAGAAACAGAUCAAUUUGCCUCGCCGUUCUUCAAAGCGUCUUGCUGGAAUUAAGCUUGAUCCUGUUCCAGAACUUAAAACAAGAAAUCGAUCACGUCGAGCAGCAGUUAAACAGCCAAGUGAGGAAGAAACCAUCAUAUAUGUAGAUAAAUCUCCCAGCAGCUUGCAUGAUGAUCUAGCUAAACAACAACUAAGUGACAAGGAUAAAGAAUGCUCUACUUUUUCAUCUCUGGAGAACAAUGCUACUGUUGAAGAGUGUAUGAGAAUCACUGAAAAUGGAAAUAAAGUUGAUGCAAAGUUAGAUUACAACCUUGGCUUUCCCCUCAAAGAACUGCUGACAGACCCUUGUAUUGCAUUUGCAAUUCAAACUCUCACCGGCUUAACAUUUGAGACCUCCACAAACUCACAAACUUCUUCUGAAUUAAAAGACAUCCAACAUUCUGAAAACUCUGCAGUCUUAGGUUGUGAAGGACAAGGUAAGAAAUGCAAUGAUGGAUUAGGUGACAGUGUGUUCUCAUUUCCAGGGAGCCUUGUUACUUCUCAAGAACACGCCAGUGAUGCUGCCAAAACUGAUAUGAAAGCCAAGAAUGAAAAUGCAUCACCAUCUUCUGAAAAAACACUUGACAUGUCAUGGAUGGAUCCAUGCAUUGAAUUUGCUAUAAAAACUCUCACUGACUCCAUCCCUUUAGACUCUGAUCAAAACCCCAAGAACUUCCUUCAACAGCAGCUCAGUUCAUCUGGUAACCAACACACUGAGAGGACAAUGUCAAAUGUCAGUUUAAAUAAUCCUUACCAAACUGACUACUAUUGCAGCCAAUACUUUGGCUCACAAAAGCCAAUGUUUUCACAAUCUUUUGUGGAUCCAUCAUUGAAGCACACCAGAAAUAUUGGUAUUGGAAAUUCUGCUGGAACAAGACUCUCUCAUUGUGGUGAAGGUACUGGAAGGAAUGUUUGUUAGAUCAACAACCAAAUUAGUAAAGUUAAGAAAUACUAUAACUAUAGAAGGCCUCCUACUCAAUGAAAGCUUUAACUUAUCCCUUUUGGUGGUAUUUUGUUUUGUGAUCUCUUUAAGCUGUGAUCCUAUGUAUUGUGUAGAACUUGCUAUGGUAGUUGUCAGUCACUAUAGUUUUUGACUGUAGAACUAUGUAUCUAAUGACGUCUAAUGUAUGUCUAAUGUAUGUUGACCGUAGAAUCUUUCCAUAAUGUGACAUCAUAGUCCUAA